AUCGACUCAUUCAUGGAUGGGCAGAAAUGCAGUCCUUAAAUUCUCUCUAGGCAUAUGAAGGGUCUCAAUUCACUCACAGCAUCGCUCGUCAGCUCCACUCACGGAUGCACACACAAGGACCGGAUCACUGCACGCAGUCGGCCGAGGCACAUGCAACGAGCGAAUCAACAACGCUUCGCGUGUGUGUUAUGAUGCACUGUGAGCCCCAAACGGCUGCACACACACACACACACACACACACGUGUGUGUCUUUCCCAGCCAGCAGAUAAAGAUAUUCAUAUUCAUGCCUGUCUGUCGGUCGGUCGGUCGGUCUGUCUGCCUGUCUGUCUGUCUGCGUGGGUGUGGUUGGCCGACCUGUCUGUGUUUUUCUUUGGUCUCUUCCAUCUGCUCCACGUGGCUGCGAGACGAAGGAAGACAUGGAGAGGCAGUGUGUGUGUGUGCAGGUGAUCCGGUGAGUGGCUGAGUGGGUCAGUGGGAGGGCACCGCACCGGUGGUCCAGUUUCUUGAUGGCCUCUUCUCUCUCUCGGAUGGCCUUAAUCUACACACCAAAACACAGUCAGGAAUGCACUCACACACGUUUGUGUGUCCUUCGCGCCCCUCAUCUACCACACUGCGGGGGAUGCGCACCUCCAGAUCGGCACACAGGGGGGGAGGGCUGCAUACACCGGAGAGGAGAGCACAUUCACGAUGGUCGUGAGUCAGUGUGUGUGCAUGUGCUGCGUGUGAGAGCGUACCUGACAGCGGCGAGCGUGUUUGAUUCCGCCAACAGGUCGGGGUGGUCCUUUGCGAUGUGGCCGACGGCCCCUGACCUGCUGAACAGCCGCAUCACGCUGCUGUCAUCCUGAUCCGAUGAAGCCGCCUGGUGCUGCUCGGGCUCGAUAGCACCAUCCUGCACAACACCACAGUGCAGAUGCGCCUCACUCAGACCGUAUGCACCGCUUUCACGCUCGUGUGUGUGUGUUCCUACCGUUCGCCGCCCUGGAUAGAUCCACUCGCCCAUCCCUCCUCCCUCCCGCUCCUCAGGGGCAUUCUCAUCGGUCAUGCAUUCGUCGAUAUCCUCAUCGCCGUAUCCCUCGUCCAUCGCAUCAUCACCACCACCAGGGCUAUCCUCCUCCUCGGCUUCAUCGGAGCUCUCAGAUUCUGAUGAUGAGAUCUCCGGCUGAUCCUCAUCGUCGUCGUCAUCUGCGAUGGGCUCAUCUCUGCGAGCGCGUUUGGCUGCACGGCCUGCGUCCAU